CCUUAUCAGCUGAUAACGACCAUUCAUCAGGGGUUUCUGGUCCCAGGCGCAGUUCGGUGGCCAGGAUGAUGAACGCGGACAUGGACCCAGCUGAUGCUGAAAAUCAGGUGGAACUGGAGGAAAAAACACGACUUAUUAAUCAAGUGUUGGAACUCCAACACACACUUGAAGAUCUCUCAGCAAGAGUAGAUGCAGUUAAGGAAGAAAAUCUGAAGCUAAAAUCAGAGAACCAAGUUCUUGGACAAUAUAUAGAAAACCUCAUGUCUGCUUCUAGUGUUUUCCAAACAACUGACAUGAAAAGCAGAAGAAAGUAA